UCAUGAUGAGCGCAGUCACGUCCCGAUUGUCCUACCAGCAGGAGAUGAAGGUCAGAUCCCUGCUCAACUAUGCUAAACUCAGUCUGCUGUACAAGGCCAGCAUCCACGGCUUCAGCGCCGCCUACUUCCACCAGAGAUGUGAUCGUCAGGGCCCGACUGUUACUGUAGCCUAUAACAAAUCAGGCUACAUUUUUGGAGGUUUUAUCAGUAAAGAUUACACUCAGACGAACCAGAACAUCGUUGAUGACAAAGCUUUCCUGUUCAGCUUCAAGGAGUUUGAGGUUAACCGAGCUCCUCUGCAUGUGGUCAGCAAUGCGGCCCAGCCCUCAUUCUACGACACCACCACCGGGCCCAACUUUAUUUCUCUGGUGUUUCUUUAUAAUAAUGCAGCUGCUGUUUAUAGCAAUCCAGGAACAUAUAACUUUAACCCCAUGGAGAUGUUUGGAAAUGAUCUACAGCUGCUGGAGUGUGAGGUCUACAGAGUGGAGGGUUAUGGGACGCUCAUGGAGAAACCCUGGAGGAACAUCGACUGGAAUGUGGAUAAGAGGAAGGUGCUGAUGGAGAAGAUUACCUCCUGGACUUCAGGAGUGAAGUCGGUGCAGACACCUCGGGUGUUGCUGGUUGGUGCUGUCGGAGCCGGUAAAUCCAGCUUUUUUAACUCCAUCAAGUCUGUGUUUAGAGGACAUGUGAGCUGCCACGCCAACGCGGGCAUCGCUGGCAUCAGCCUCACCACACAGUUCCGUGUACACACCAUUAAGGUGGGUGGAGGUAAAUCUUUACCCAUCACUUUGUGUGACACUAUGGGACUGGAGGACGGAACAAACGCCGGACUGGACAUCGACGACUACACCAGCAUUCUAAAGGGCCACAUUCAGGACAAAUACCAGUUUAACCCGUCAGUUCCGCUCCAGUCAGACUCUCCGUUCUUCUGUAAAGCUCCCACGCUGAAGGAGAAGAUUCACACUGUGGUCUACGUGAUGGACGCCUCCAAAAUUUCACUCAUGUCUGAGAAAAUGCUGGACAAACUGGUCGCCUUCCGCCGCAAAGCCAACUACCUGGGAAUCCCACAGCUGGUUGUGCUGACGAAGGUGGAUGAAGCGUGUCCUGCAGUAGCAGAAGAUCUAAAACGUGUCUACCAGAGUCACUUCAUUCAUAAGAUGAUGCAGGAGGCGGCGCUUCGUCUGAGCGUGUCUCUUUCUGCUGUGGUUCCAGUGAAGAACUACAGCAGAGAACUUGAGCUCAGUCCUGAAACCGACAUCCUGGUGCUUGACGCCGUUUUCCAGAUCCUCAGAACCAUCGAGAACUUCUUUGAUGAUCUCUCCUGCGAUGAGGAUUGAAACAUCAGAGAAGCUGCGGAAGAUCCUAGGGUUGGGUUUAGGGUUGAUGUUGGGUUAAGGAUUGUGGUUUUGGUUGGGGUCAGGGUUGGGAUUAGAGUUGGGGAAUAGUGUAUAGGGUGAUAUUUGGAACACAGCCCAGAGAAAUAACACACAUAUAAACACUUGCCACUGCAAAUCACAUCAGACACAAUUAACCUCAAACCUUACACUAACCCCUACACUAACCCCUACACUAACCCCUACUUUAACUCUUACAUUACAUUAACCAUAACCUUUACCCUGAACCCUUACACUAAUCUAAAGCUUCAUAUUAUAAAUGUGUAGAAUUUUAUUGCUCAAUGUAAACACACCAGCAGAAAUAAAGAA